UUGUCGAACCCCUGAGCAUAUCUGGGACUGGGAGAGGAAAAGCGACCAACUUACAGAGAGCAGAGCAAACUGAUGUGCAUUAACCGGCUGAUCGUCCACCCAGACAGAGAGCAGGGAGGGAGCAGGAGGGGAGGAGCGACYACUGAUGCUUCAGUAAUCUGCAGCGUGUGAGUCAGAGCUGUGAAGAGCAAAGCGGCGACAGGAGCAGCUGCAGCACACCRAGACACGUUUCUCUCGCACGAGCUUCAAAAACGCAGCAGAGCAGGAUGGGAAAGAAAAGCAGUUAGGUAAGAAGAGGAAGAGAGACGGCCAUAAAGAAAACAAUUCAGGAGACGGGUCAACAUUCCCUUUAACUUGCAGCUGAAAGGCUCUUUUUUAAGCUGUGGGAAGCGGUAUAAACAGAUCCAGAGAGGAGGGAAGUUUACCAUCCUUCUCUUAGACGUGGCCUUGGACGGGCURCAGAAAUGUCCUGGUUGUCUCCGGUCCAGUGGGCCAAAUGGACGUGGUCAGCAGUGACUGGAGGUCCAGGAGAUGAUGGGCAGUCCAGAACAGAGGAUGACAAAGACAAUUCAGACUCUGAGGGUGCCUUUGAGACUCCUGAAGCUGAGUCUCCAGGUGUUGUGGAGCUGCUGGGCCAACAGGACAACUCCAACCAUAAAGGAACUCCUGUAAAGUGAAGCAAAACCAGUCGAUGCAGAAGGACUCAAGCAAGCAGGACACCCACCACGGAGGCCAUGCUACAGACGAGGAGAAGCUGGCGAGCAAUUCUGGGGUCAAGUCAGAAAAAUCCCAWAACGCUCAAGAAUCAACAUCAAAACCAGAAGAAUCAGACUGCUGCUUCAAGUAUGAAGACCAGUGCGAACUGAAGAGCUCAUCGGGGCAAAGUGAAAUGCAGAAAACGGGAAGUCAGGUCUUGGAUUCCAUCUGCAUCAGCGAGGCAGAAAAACAGGCCGUUCUGGGCCUUAUCAGAGAGGAGAUUAUCACGAAGGAGGUUGAAGUCAACAACUGGAAGAAAAAAUACGAGCAGUGCAAACAAGAAGUCGAGGAGAUGAGAAAAAUUGUUGCUGAAUAUGAAAAAACAAUUGCUCAAAUGAUUGAGGACGAGCAGCGCAACACCCUGAACUUCCAGAAGGAGCUGCACGCAGUGACGGUGGAGAAGGAGGCCGCCCUGGCUGACCUGAACUCUGUGGAGCGCUCGCUCUCAGAUGUGUUUCGGCGCUACGAGAACAUGAAGAGCACACUCGAAGGCUUUAAGAAAAAUGAGGAGGUGCUGAAGAAAUGUGCUCAGGACUAUCUGGCCAGAGUCAAGCAGGAGGAGCAAAGAUAUCAGACAUUAAAGCUGCAUGCAGAGGAGAAACUAGACAAGGCCAAUGAGGAGAUCGCUCAGGUGCGUGCCAAGGCGAGCUCUGAGAGCACGGCGCUGACCGCCAGUCUGAGGAAGGAGCAGAUGAAGAACGAGUCUCUGGAACAAGCUCUGCAGCAGAAGAAUCAAGAGAUCGAGGAGCUCACGAAGAUCUGUGAUGAGCUGAUUGCCAAAAUGGGGAAAAUAGACUGAGUUGUUUCGUCCCUUCAGCUCUGCAGCGCAUGCCUCCAGACAGAAACRGCUCUCGCACUGUACCCCGUGCACACCAUAAAUCUAUGCUUAUGUCCAGAUGUUGCUGUAACUUCUGUAUCCUACAAUUGCACUAUGUGUGACCAGAACCUUACAUGGUAAUUACAUGUGAUGACUGUGUUUUGUUUGUGUUUUGAUCUCCUUAUGAGGUCUUCUGAGGUUGUUGGAGGUUUUGCUCAUCGUGUCGGUGAACAGAAUAGUUCAGGGUUUGUUUUGAACGUACAUUUAUGAUUUGAAGGGAUUCGAAGGAAAAUUAUUUUAUCCCAAUUUACAAUCAGUAAAAUGUAUUUUUGUAAAAACUUGACAUAGAUUUUAUCCCCAAAGAACCAAGCUUAAGGAAACAGUUUGGACCUGAAGGAGGUCAAGGUGUGGAGAUAAAAACUGCACAAGAAAAGUGGGGGGACGAGGAUUGCACAGUGGCCCUCGGAGGCCUCGUUUUGUUUGGCACUGAUACUGAAGUCUGCUGCAAAAUAGUUUCCAGCGUUUGCCUCUGCUGGUUGGCACUACAACACUUUAGGGAUUGUGGAGAGUUGAAGAAGCUGAACACAUUGAAAUAACUCCGAGAUAAAUCUGACAAUCAGAGUUUUGUCACUUUGUUUUGACAAAAUAAGUUCCCCAGUCUUAACUAAACCAUGGUAAAAAAAAAAAAACUGGAAAUAAAAGCUAACUGAAUAAAUCAAAUCAGACUGACUUUAUAUGUUGACUGAAGAUGUUGAUCGUUAUACAACUUACUGGAGCUGCUGUGUGCAACAAGUUAUUUUUAAUCCUUCAUCCUGUCGCGAUUUGACCACAAAUUACUUCUAACUUCAGGAGGUUAAAGCAUAACAGCAUUUAUCUGCUGCUGCUCACGUGAUGCACGUAUUCACAGGAAGUAAAUAGGUUUUUGCACAUUAAAAUUGAUUUCUUUUAUAUARUUUUUCCUCAACUUUACUAAACACAAUGUUUUCCCAGGGUGGCUGUUUAUUCUAAUGGUUAAGUUGACUGAUUAUCAUAGCCUCUAACAAGAUAUUAGGUUUUGCUCUUUGCGUUUUCUACUGGAGGAAGUUUCUUUUCAUCUAAGAGAAAAAGGAAAAGUUAAUGGAGAUCCCUGCUUGAGUCACUUAGCUUUGUUUUUGGUGCAUUAACUUCACUCAUGUGCCACAGAGUAUAUUUGUGCCAGUCAUGUUAUCUCCUGUUACUGUACAUACUUCAUUGUUUUGUAUCAUUAGUUGUUUUCUUUGACAAUCUCACACUCGUGUGAAAGCAGGAUGAAUAAGUGUACAAUUCCCUGAAUAAAUCCAGUUUGCUCUGA